UCUCACUCUCAAAUGAUUUUCACCCCAAUCUUCUAUCCUCUCACACUCUCUCUCCGCAACCCCCCAACAUCUCUCUCUCUUUCUCUCUGUCUCUCUCUCUCUCUCUGCUUGUAUAAUCAACAGAGUGUGGAGUUAGAAAUGAAGGUUUCUCGGAACUGAGAGUCUUUCUAAAAGAGAAGAUUUCGACUCCGCAUUACAGAUUGUUGUUGUGGGGCUUCAAUUUCUUCAUCUAAUAAGGUCGUGGUGCAGAGCUUCUGGAAUACCUGCCCCAAUCAACUUGGGGCCUCCUGAAAUUUGUUGUGAAGACCAAGCGGGAUACAGGAAAAGAUGAUGAUAAUGAUGAGAAGGAGACUUGCUUGCUGUAACCGGGACGCAAAGAUUAGCCUUGACUUUGAUGAACAAGAGAGAAUAAUGACAUAUAAUGGCCUAGAGAGUUGCAUACUUAACAGUCAUUCUUAUGAAAAUGAAAGUGGCGCAAGCAGGGCAGAUGGAUGUGCAACUGACUCCUUGGAUGAAGAUGCCUCAAGCUGUUCUUCUAGCAAUAAUGCUUCUGGAUCAGUCUCUUAUCACUGGACGAUGAUGAAGAGGGAUGAGCAGGGACUGGAUGAAUGGGAGGUCACAGAAAGCCCCUUACAUUUGUAUGUCAAAGAAAAACCUGUUUAUAGUGUUCAGUUUUCAGAUGUUGAAACCAUGAAAGAAAGAUUCGCAAAGUUGUUGUUGGGUGAAGAUACUACAGGGGGACGCAAAGGGCUCUCCACUGCAUUAGCAUUGUCUAAUGCCAUAACAAAUCUUGCAGCAUCAGUUUUUGGGGAACUGUGGAAAUUAGAGCCACUGCCAGAGGAAAGAAAGAGAAAAUGGCGAAGAGAAAUGGACUGGUUGCUCUCCCCUACCAACUAUAUGGUUGAGUUGGUUCCUGCUAAGCAGCAUGGUGCCAAUGGCCGGACCAUGGAGAUAAUGACUCCAAAAGCUCGUGCUGACAUCCAUAUGAAUCUUCCAGCACUUCAGAAGUUGGACUCCAUGCUUAUUGAGAUGCUAGAUUCAAUGGUUAGCGCUGAGUUUUCAUAUGCAGAAGGAUGUAGCCAGGCUGAAGGCAGGAGCAGGAGGUGGUGGCUUCCUUUGCCCCAAGUACCAACCACUGGCCUCUCUGAAAUCGAAAGGAAAAAAUUGCUAAAACAGGGUAAAGUUGUGCACCAAGUAUUCAAGGCUGCCAAAUCUAUCAAUGAAACAGUCUUGCUUGAAAUGCCUGUCCCAAUCAUAAUCAAAGAUGCACUUCCCAAGUCUGCAAAGGCAGGACUUGGCGAAGAACUUUACAGAAUCUUGAGUGCAGAAUCAAAAUCAUCUGAGGAAAUGCUCAAUUCCCUCAACUGGAAAUCUGAACACAGUGCCCUUGAAACCAUCAAUAGGUUGGAAGCAGCAAUAUUUGCAUGGAAAGAGAGAAUUACAGAACAAGCCUGUGAUAAAUCUCCAGUUCGAACAUCAUGGUCGUUCAUAAAGAGUCCCACAUCUGAAUUGGAGAAGAUGGAGGUCUUGUUGGACCAAGCAGAAGCUCUUAUACAGCAGCUGAAGAUCAGACAUCCUAACCUUCCUCAAACAUUUCUUGAUGUUGUGAAAAUCCAGUAUGGCAAGGAUGUUGGGCAUUCAAUUUUAGAAGCAUAUUCUCGGGUUCUUCAAAACUUGGCAUUCAAAAUACUGUCAAGGAUAGGGGAUGUUCUACAAGAAGAUGUUUUGAGCAAUCCCAAUUCACCUGUUUCAACUUAUAGCUUUCCUGGAAUGAAUUUCACUGGGAACUCUGACUCUCGAGGGUUUAGUCACCGCGUAGUUCAAUCCCUCACUGAGAAGAUGAGCAAGGUGGAUGGACAGCUUUGCAAUUCUAGUCCAAGGUUUGCUUCGGAUUUGGAGCUUUCAUGUUCUGAACCCAAAACCAGUUCAGUGACUGCAACACCUAGUCGCAGCCAAGUUUGGUGCAUAGGCAGUGGUGUGCCUCCUCAAAAUUCCCCUUAAUAACAAAUGAGUCUAAUUUUCUAGUGUUCUUUCUGUAAAUGAUAUUGUUAUAUUCUUGCUGAGAUUCAAGUUUUGUUUGGUUGCUUGCUGUUACAGGGUAAUUUUGGUUGUCCAAGAGUUGUCUGGCAUGUUGUAUAAAACAGAAUGCUAGUACUAUUGUCUAUUAUGUAAUGGGGAUAAUGAUUGUUAUUUUAUUUUUAUUUUUUUAUCCAAUUAUAAAAUAGUAUGCUGUGACCUUUAA